UAUAUACUUAAUAUAAAUACACUCUUAUAUAUGUGUAUUUACAGGAUGGUCCAUUUUAAGUAACGUAUUUUGAUUUUACCGAAAUUCUGAAAAAGAAGUUUUAAAUCAAAAUUCGCAGAGCUUUGAAGAAGAAGAAGAAGAAGACAGUGCUCGCGCAUUAGAUUAAAAAUUUUGUUUUAAGCUUUCUUAUCUAAAAAUCAAUAAUUUGGACGAAAUUAAAAUGCGCCAUCCUAUAUGUACUGCGUUUUUCAUUAUUAUAUUCACAGAUAUCCAAACGAUUUUAGACAGAGCCUUCUUCAGCGUACACUAAACAGCACACACACUCUGUCUCUAUACAAUCGAAUGUAUAAUGAAUACAGCACCCCGUUCAAAAUAAUUAAAAAGGAUCACUCUUUCGAAUAAUAUAUAUGUAGAUUACAAAGAGGAAAAAACAUAAUUACUAAAGAGAAAUCUUGUUUUCUAAAAAAAAAAAUAUUUUCACAUGUCGAAUACUUGCUAUAUGAAUGAUUGAAAAAGUGAUCCUCUAAUUGUUUCGAACACAAUGUAUUUUUUAUGCCCAUGUAAUACAAAAGAUUAUAAUAAAAAAUAGUGUUGUACGAUGAAAUCUAACUUGAUAUUAAUUAUACGUGACGUCAUUUUAUGACACUCUAACAGAUUGCAUGCUAAUAGCUGCGUGAAAGACUUUGCAGAGCACUUGUAACACAUAUAAUACCCAAGAAGUAAAUAACAUCUCUCUCAAGUUAUUAUAUACAAAAGAUAAUCUGAGAUUUUGUGUAACAACACGAUUUUUACGUACUACGAUUUUGCGCGCAGUAUAAUUAAUUGCACGUAAUAAGGCUGCCUCGACACAAUAUGUUUGUGCUAAUAUGUCAAUAGUGUGUCCACCCGUAAGAGAAAAAUUGCCUAUAGUAUAAUAAAGAAAAUUUUUUUUAUAAUUCUAUAUAUAGAAAUAGCAUAAAGUGUGAGAAAGUACUGGUGUAUUGUAAAAUAAUGAAAAAGUAAUUUAUGUGCAAUUUAUUGUGCGACCGUGCGUAAAGAAAUGUGAUCGCGCGAAUCAAUUAUUUCUCUUUGUAAUUAACAUACAGAUUAUAUUAUACGUGUGAUCUGUAUACAAGAUAUGAUGCGAGACGCGCCAAGAAUAGAAAUUUUCACAAGAAUGAGAAAUAUAUAAUCUGAGAUUAAGAGUCAUUUCAAAACACAUAACAUUAAUUUUUAGCAUAUAUAAAUACGCACACGUAGAGAUGCUUUCUUAAAUAUAUAAAGUAUAUAGAUUUUCUCUUUUACAUUUAAACACUAAUGUAGGCCAUAUUCUUUUAGUAUAUAAAAAGGGCUGAUAUAUACGCGCGCGUACGUAUAUAAGAAUUUAAAAUAAAUUAAAAUUAUCUAAAAAAUAUUAAAAAAUAACAAGUCAUUUAUAGAUAAUCAUAUAAAUAAUUAUCUAAGUAAAAGAUUUAAUAUUAUAAAAAGAUAAUAUCUUUAUCCAAAAUCAAUAUAAAAAAAUUAGUUUCUUUUUAUAUUAAAAAAAUAUACGUAUGUAUGUAUGUUGUAUAUGUGUUAAAGGAAGUAGAAAUAAUUCUUAUUACAAUUGAAUUUAAUUGAAUUUUUAUAGUAAUCUUGAUAUAAAAUUGGUAAAAAAUAAUUUUUUAAAUUGACAAAUAUAUCAAUAAAAUAAAUUUUUUUCUAUAUAUAUAAAUUACCACACCAUAUAUACAUACACAUGCUUUUUUUAUUUAUUUUUAUAGCAAUUGAUAACAGUUUUAUUAACGUAAUAAUACUCAAUAAUUUUUCUUCGUAUAUCGGACCUCUAUGUACGAUAUAAAAAUCAAUAAAUGAUAGCAAAGACAAUUGCUACCGCACACACGCAAAAAAAGCUCUUUACAUUAAAUAUUUUAUAUAUUUCUUAUAUUCAAAUUUAUAAUUUCUUAGAUUUCAACAACUAAUAUCUUUGACAAUAAAGCAAGAAUUUUUGUUAACAUAAAAAUUAAAUCAGGCGAUGUUUUUAUAUAACUGCGAAAUGAUUAACAAUGUGUAUGUGUUUGUGUGUAUGUGUAUGUGUGUGGAACUGAAUAAUAUAACAAUUAUUAAUAAAACUGUUUAUUUAUAAUAACUGUGAAUAAAUAUUUUAUAAUUAUAUCAAUCAAUUAUUUAAUCAAGACUAUCAUAUUUAAAAAAUUAUCUAAUAAUAAUCGCGCGCAUUGGUAUUAAAUUUUUUGUUGUAAUUUUUUAUUUUAUGAGUAAAAAAUAAAAUAAUGUAUAAUACUGUUUUAUUUUCAUUAAUUAUGCAAACAAUUAAUGUAAUCAAUUCUCUAUAAAUGUAUUUCUAAUAUAGAAAAAUGGAAAGGUUCAAGUCACAAAAGGACACAUUUAAUGUGCUUAAUUUUAAAAAACGUGAUAAAAUGUGUGAAGAGAAUAUUUCGACUAUAAGAAAAAAGAAAAACGAUAUCAUAAUAAAAUAAAUAUGCUUAAAGCUAUAAUAACUAUCUGAAAAGUGAGCUCGAUAUACGGUGAAUCGAUAUACGAAAUCAUAGUCAUUUUAUGACAAAGAUCUCUCUUAUAUGAAGAAGAGUAAAAAACUCCUCUAAUAUUAUGCAUUGUGCAAUAAAAAACGCUCAAUUCCAUUUUUUUUUUUUUUUUCGAUGGUAGAAAAUUGAUGUGUACACACAAGUAGAGACAUGGUCUCGAUUUAUCAUGUUGAGGAUGAACAGUCAAUAUCUUCAACAUUCGCUUUUUUUGCCACAGAUAUCAUAAUAAAUCCUGAACUAUAGAUUCGAAAAUUCUAAUUUAAUUUUCGCGAUAUAGGUGUCGUAGUUCUCUCGUUUCGCAUUGGCACGCUCUCUGUGAUACUUAUUCUCCACAGAUUAUCCACAGAGUACGAAGCAAAAGAUACUUCAUAGCAGUUAUCAAUGUUAUGACAUAAAGAGGAGCAAAAGAUACCCAGAGAAAUAAGUUGAGUUAGUAGAAAUAUCAAAAUGGAUGCCGAUUUGUAUGAUGAAUUUGGAAAUUAUAUUGGUCCUGAUCUGGCAUCAGAAAGCGAGGAUGAAAAUGAAUAUGGCAAUGUUGGUGAUGACGCUGAGGACAGAGAACGAUCCGAUGAAGAAAUGGAAGAAGACAAAGACGAGUCACGAGAACAAAUAGAGCAAGGAUUUUCGAUGGCAGUUGUACUACACGAAGAUAAACGAUAUUAUCCAAGUGCAUUAGAAGUAUACGGACCUGAGGUAGAAACACUUGUGCAAGAAGAAGAUGCUCAGCCGCUAGAUAAACCACUGAUAGCACCUACCAGAAAACCAAAAUUUCAAAUAAAACAGCAACAACUGCCUGAAACGACGUACAGUAUUGAAUUCUUGGCAGACAUAAUGGAUGCACCACAUCUAAUUAGAAAUAUAGUUUUGCUAGGACAUCUUCAUCAUGGCAAAACUACAUUGGUUGAUUGUUUGGUGCAACAAACGCAUCCUUCUUUGCACAGCAUAACUGAUGAGAAACCACUAAGAUAUACAGAUACGUUGUUCACUGAGCAACAGAGAGGCGUUUCUACGAAAGCAACUCCUGUUACUCUCCUGCUACAAGAUGUCAAAUCCAAGUCCUAUCUCUUGAACAUAUUUGAUACACCAGGACACGUGAAUUUUUCCGACGAGGCGACAGCCGCGAUCCGUCUUUCAGACGGCGCUGUACUGAUCGUUGAUGCUGCGGAAGGUGUGAUGCUAAACACUGAACGUCUACUGAAGCACGCGCUUCAAGAGAAGCUUGCUCUGACAGUCUGCAUAAACAAGAUAGAUCGUUUAGUAUUAGAAUUGAAAUUGCCGCCAUUGGAUGCUUAUUACAAACUACGUCACAUUAUCGAGGAGAUUAACGGAUUGAUAGCGUUAUACUCCUCGGAUGUCGAGAAUCCCGCUUUCGUUUCACCUGCUGUCGGAAACGUUUGUUUUGCUAGUUCCGAAUACAAUGUAUGCUUCACUCUGAAAUCGUUUGCCGCGCUCUAUGCUAGGAAUUAUCCCGGACUGAAUCCCAACGAAUUCGCUAAACGACUCUGGGGUGAUAUUUAUUUUAAUCCUAAAACGCGAAAGUUCACCAAAAAACCUCCGCAUAAUACAGCGCAGCGAAGCUUCAUCGAAUUCAUCUUGGAGCCUCUUUAUAAGAUAUUUGCGCAAGUCGUCGGCGAUGUAGACACGACGUUACCAAAUGUUUUGGACGAACUCGGCAUACGAUUGACAUCCGAAGAAAUGAAGAUGAAUAUACGACCGCUGCUAAGACUUGUCUGUACGCGAUUUUUAGGAGAUAUGUGCGGAUUAGUCGAUAUGUGUGUUGCUCAUGUACCUAGUCCGCAAGCGCACGCAUUUAAUAAAGUGCAACAUGUCUAUACUGGUCCGAUAGACUCGCCGCUUGCACAGGAUAUGGUUAAUUGUGAUCCAAAUGGAAGAUUAAUGAUUCACAGCACAAAGAUGUAUCCAACCGAGGAUUGCACUCUGUUUGUAGUACUUGGCAGAGUAAUGUCCGGCACGUUGGAAGCGGGACAACGCGUUCGCGUAUUAGGCGAAGCAUAUUCACGCACAGAUGAGGAGGAUUCUCGCGUUCUCACAGUGGGUAGAUUAUGGAUCAGCGAAGCACGUUACUCGAUUGAACUAAAUCGGGUGCCUGCAGGCAAUUGGGUCCUCAUCGAAGGUAUCGAUCGGCCGAUUGUGAAAACUAGUACCAUUACGGAUCUCAAUAAUUCAGAAGACUUGCACAUUUUUCGGCCACUCAAGUUUAAUACGCAGAGUGUCAUCAAAAUCGCUGUCGAACCGGUCAAUCCGUCCGAAUUGCCCAAGAUGUUAGAUGGUUUGCGAAAAGUAAACAAGAGUUAUCCGCUGUUGGGCACGCGCGUGGAGGAAAGCGGCGAACACGUUGUCCUAGGAACUGGCGAACUCUAUCUCGACUGCGCGAUGCACGAUCUGCGUCGCAUGUAUUCUGAGAUUGACAUAAAGGUAGCCGAUCCCGUAGUUGCCUUCGCGGAAACAGUAGUGGAAACCAGUUCUCUCAAAUGUUUUGCUGAAACGCCGAAUAAACGGAAUAAAUUGACGAUGAUAGCGGAACCACUGGAGAGAGGUCUUGCCGAGGAUAUAGAGGCCGAACAUGUCCGUAUCACGUGGAACAAAAAAAGACUAGGAGAAUUUUUUCAAACAAAAUACGAUUGGGAUUUAUUGGCAGCGCGUAGCAUAUGGGCAUUUGGCCCUGAUUCUACUGGGCCUAACAUCCUAGUGGACGAUACUUUACCUUCCGAAGUAGAUAAAACACUAUUGAACAGUGCACGCGAUGCGAUCAUUCAGGGCUUUCAGUGGGGAACUCGCGAAGGACCAUUGUGCGAAGAGCCGAUUCGGAAUGUCAAAUUCAAAAUCCUUGAUGCAGUUAUCGCACAGGAGCCGCUUCAUCGAGGAGGUGGUCAAAUCAUUCCUACCGCUCGACGCGUCGCAUAUUCCGCUUUUCUGAUGGCGACACCACGUUUAAUGGAACCUUACCUAUUCGUGGAAGUGCAAGCUCCCGCGGAUUGCGUGUCUGCCGUUUACACAGUCCUGGCGAAGCGGCGAGGUCACGUGACGCAAGAUGCCCCGGUGCCGGGUAGUCCGUUGUACACGAUCAAAGCCUUCAUACCAGCCAUCGAUAGUUUUGGUUUCGAGACGGAUUUACGGACGCACACCCAAGGUCAAGCGUUUUGCCUGUCCGUCUUUCACCAUUGGCAAAUCGUGCCCGGUGAUCCUCUGGACAAGAGCAUAACUAUCAGACCGCUGGAACCGCAGCCGGCUACACAUCUGGCUAGAGAAUUCAUGUUGAAGACACGAAGACGCAAGGGUCUGUCCGAGGACGUCUCUAUCAACAAGUUCUUCGAUGAUCCUAUGUUGCUGGAGUUGGCUAGGCAAGAUGUGUUGUUGAAUUAUCCCCUCUAAUUUAAUAAAUAUAUACACACGAAUUAUGAAACAUUAUUAAAUAAUACAUUAUUAAAUUUUUUUACAAAAAGAAACAUGCAUCCUGUAGGAUUUCUCGAACUGCGCAUAAUUAAUUCCGUAUUCUUCUUUCUAUCGAGAUAUUUUUCUAACGAAUCUAAAAGAUUUAUUGGAAAUAAAAUUCUUCAAAGAUAACCCUAAAGAUACUUGUCAAUUGUUUUCAGAAAAUAAAACUUUAAAAACUUGGUUUUUUGAGAUUUUAUUAGAUUAUAUUUUAAUUAUAAUUGUAAUAGAAUUGAUAUGUAAUAUCUAUAUAUAAUACAUUUAUAUUAUUUUAUCCAUUGAUGAAAUAGAUGAAUACUUUCCAUGUAAUAAGUGUAUAUAAAAUAAGAAA